AUGUCAACUUUUGGAUUUUUUUUUAUUUCCCUUUUUUUGGUAGGGGCAUCCCCUGUGGUGGGAGAAUUAGUGACAGUUCUUAGUAUUGAUGGAGGUGGCAUGAAAGGAAAUAUCCCGGCUACUGUUCUUGCUUUUCUUGAAGGUCAACUCCAGGAAUUGGACGGUGUAAAUGCGAGGCUUGCAGAUUACUUUGAUGUGAUCGCAGGAACAAGUACAGAUGGCUUAUUGGCCACUAUGAUAACUGCUCCAAAUGAGAAGAAUCGCCCCUUCUAUGCUGCCAAAGAUAUUGUACCAUUUUACUUCGAGCAUGGCCCAAAGAUUUUCCCACCUGGUGCCUAUCCUCCAAUUCUAGCCCCAAAAUAUGAUGGAAAAUAUUUUCACAAAGUUCUGCAAGAUAAGUUGGGAGAGACUCGUUUGCAUCAGGCUUUAACAGAUGUUGUUCUUACAACCUUUGACAUCAAGAAAAAUCAGCCCAUUAUAUUUAGUAAAUCGAAGAUAGCAAAUUCUCCUUAUUUGGAUGCUAAGAUGUCUGACAUAGGCUACGGCACGGCAGCAGCUCCAACUUAUUUGCCUCCACAUUACUUUGUGACUAAUGAUGGUCAAGGAAAUAAAUAUGAGUUCAAUAUUGUUGACGGUGGUAUCGCUGCUGGUAAUCCGGCCUUAGUUGCCCUUAGCAUAGCAACCAACCGUGCGGCGGAAGCGGAUCCAGCAUUCGCCUCUAUCAAGUCAAUGAACUACACACAAAUGUUGCUGCUCUCAUUAGGCACGGGCACUACUGCAGAUUUUUAUCAUACAUACACAGUACAAGAAGCAGCUAAAUGGGGUGCUCUUAAAUGGCUAUAUCAUAAUAAUUCCAGCCCUUUACUUCAAAUGGUAUCUAGAGCAAGUGCUGACAUGAAUGAUUAUUACAUUUCCACUGUCUUUCAUGAUCUUAAUGCUGCAAAGAAUUACCUCAGGAUUCAAGAAAAUGCACUAAUAGGUUCAACUACCGUAAUCGAUAAUGCUACAGAGGCUAAUAUGAACUUACUGGUACAAGUUGGUCAAAACUUGUUGAAGAAACCAGUUUCCAAAGAGGAUCCUGAAACCAAUGAGGAAGCUCUGAAGAGGUUUGCAAAAUUGCUCUCAGAAAGGAAGAAACACCGAGCAAACAAAGCCUCUUCAUAA